UAAUAGAAAGUGUCAUCGAUCUGGGAGAGGUUUAAUUAUUUACGGAUGUUUCAACAAUAUGCUGCAUAUAUUGAUAUAAAUCUGAUAUUAAUUUCGUAGGCCCAUACUUCCUUUAUUCUGUGAUAUCACAGUUAAAUCUGAAAAUGAAUGGACUUUCAUUCAGUGAACUGUGCUGUUUGUUCUGCUGCCCUCCAUGUCCCUCAAAAAUAGCAGCGAAAUUGGCGUUUCUGCCACCAGAACCAACGUACUCACUGGUGCAGGAUGAGUCAGGGUCAAAAUACAGUUUUCACCUUACUGACAGAGCUGAAUGGCAAUAUACACAGCGUGAAUUAGAUAGUAUAGAAGUCUUUCAAACUCGUACCACAAAAGGGAACAGGAUCUCUUGUAUGUUUGCUCGAUGUGCACCAAAUGCACGAUAUACAAUUCUCUUCAGUCAUGGAAAUGCUGUAGAUCUUGGCCAAAUGAGCAGCUUUUACAUUGGAUUGGGAACCCGAAUAAACUGUAACAUUUUCAGCUAUGAUUACUCUGGUUAUGGAACAAGUACAGGUAAAACAUCAGAAAAGAAUCUGUAUGCAGACAUUGACGCAGCUUGGCAAGCAAUACGGACACGAUAUGGUAUAAGCCCUCAGAAUAUUAUUCUCUAUGGUCAGAGCAUUGGUACAGUUCCAACAGUGGAUCUUGCAGCUCGUUAUGAAGUAGCUGCUGUUGUGCUGCACUCACCUUUAAUGUCAGGGAUGAGAGUCGCAUUCCCUGAAACAAAGAGAACCUGGUUCUUUGAUGCAUUUCCAAGCAUUGACAAAGUACAAAAGAUAACAUCACCUGUCCUUGUUAUACAUGGCACUGAAGAUGAAGUUAUAGACUUUUCUCAUGGCCUUGCCAUAUUUGAGAGAUGUCCACGCACAGUUGAGCCACUGUGGGUUGAAGGCGCUGGGCAUAAUGACGUUGAACUGUAUGGACAAUACCUAGAGCGUCUGAAAGUGUUCAUAAGCACUGACCUGGCUAUCAACUGACGCCAACAGACGGGAGAGGGUGGGGAUACUACUAACAACGCAAACAUUGCCAUGUUAGAUGUGGUUACUGAGAUGGAAAAACUUCUCUAAUCUGAGAUUAACAUGACAACUAUUUCCUGAAUAACAACUUUGUAUACACACUUUCAGGAAAUUCUCUCAAUAUAUUGAACACAUGUAAAGAAAUCAAUUCACAGAUAACUUUUUUAUUUGAGAGGUUGUCAUCACUGUAAAAUGAAUAUUAUAACAAUAUGCCAUGCCAUGCAGUAAGAUGCCUGACCAAAUUGUUAUAUGGGACAGGGUGUUCCCAGUCUUAGUCAGGUAUUAUACAUCAGAUCUGCUGUUUGAACAGUGUUUACAAAAUUUGUACAUUUGUUAUCUAGUUCACAAUUAAAAGGUUGUUACUAACUAACUAAGGUACAUUUCACAUAUCAAUGUGAAUCACUUGUUGUAAAAAAUCCAUCUUUUCAUUCACAAUAAUGUAUUAGACCCCACUUGUUGAAAAGAAAGACAUUAUUUUAUUACUAUUUUUUGAGCCUUAUUGUAAUAAAUAAGAUAUAAAUAGAAAGUGCACCUAGGUUACUUUAUAUUCCCAAUUCAUUAGACCACAUUCAUUUUGUCACUGUGGUUGUAGAAAUACAGUAAGUUAUUUUAAAAUAUGCAUAUAUUUGAAACUGUUUCCAAUUGCUAGUAUUGGAAUUCAUUUCUCAGGUGGCUUCAACCUACAACUUACAGAUCAAUGUAGCUUAUUCUUAAAGUAUGCCUCAUUCUAUUAAUUUAUUUCUGAGAAGUUAAAAUUAUGUUUAUAAUUGUUUUAUAAAUCUUCCUGUCUGUCCCACCUAAAUUUGGCAAAUAUGAAACAUUAUUGGAAAGUUUAGUAAAUGUUUUGAGCUAUUUAUCUUUAUGAUGAUGGCAAAAACACUGAACAUCUUUGUCAUUUUCUAGAGUAGGCUUAAAAUGCAGUCAGAAUGGAAAUUCUGCAUAUCACACAAACAAAAUAUGUAUCUUUAAUUUGCGUCUUGUUGCCACUACUUUAGUGAAAGAAUAUGGAAACCAUGUAUAUAUCUGUAUUUCUAAUGAUUCCCCUUACCAAUUAAAUGGUAGAAUAACAAACUAGGAUAUAAUUUCGCCUUUUACAUAAAGGUUUAGCACAGGUAUAUAAAAAUGUGUCUACUAUAGAGAAUGAAUAAAUAUGUGCAAUGAUUUUUUUUUUUGUUUCAUGUUAUAAGUACAUGUACCUUUUUGCAUUUUAUGUGCUGUAUGCGGUUUUAAGUUUAUUUCAUCUGUUAAGAUUAAUGGUGUCGAGUUAAAGAUGUUUGCAUGCAAUAGCUGGUAGGAACAAUGAGUAUGUUUUCCCACAGAAAAGAAUACAUAGCAAUAGCAUGCCCAAAACAGACCUACUACAUUGUAUAUUACUGAUUUAAUAAUGGGAUACCCUUCAAUUCAAUUCAUGUGAAAAAUGACUUAGUUUAUAUGCAUUCUAUAUACAUUGAUUCAGAUUAACUUUUUGUCCUCUAAAGAAUACAAUUGAUCAUUUCUUACUUGAACUGCUAUUUUUGUACGUAAAAUAAAAAAAUCUUUAUUUUGUAAUGUAUGCAUUUAAUAUUUGCCGCAGUUGGCUGAAAUAAAAUAAUCAUGGAUCCUACACUUUCAAUUAAACAGUUGAGUAAAUACUGAGUUACGUUGCAGACGUAUAUAACCAUUUACUUUGUAUUAUUAUGAACAUGGAUUCUCUGUACCUGUUCGUAAUGAUUAUCAGUUACAUUUUUACACAUUGAUCCACUUAAGUUAGGUUAGUAUGAUUUGUUUGUUGCUGUAUUAGUAUUUCUCCUGGUAAAUGUUUUCUGUUUCGUAGCCUUGUGGAACUGUUUGAUUGCAUGCAUUCUGAUUACCGUACCACUGUGGUGGUAUAUACAUGAUUUAAUGUAUUCAUUUGGAAUGAUAACAGUGUUGUUAUUUAUUUUUUUAAAUUUCAAUGUUGUUAAAGCAAUAUUACAAUUGAUGUUAUUAUGUUUACAAGGAAUAUGUCAUUCAAAUAGUUGUUACCAACACAACUUUCAACUCAUUAUUUUCUCAUGAUAUUAAAGGCAGAAUUAAAUAUCAAAGGAUACAUGGAUUACUUGCUGAUAUCAUGCAUGAUGUACUUGAAUUAGAUUAUAAACUUAUUAAAUGCAUGAUCAAUAGCUUUACAUCCAUUUGGCAGAGAUAAAUAUUUCAUUUAUUUAUUCUGUCAACAGAAGGUUUUACAUGAACCUAUUAUAACAAGGAAGUAAUGAUAUGGAUAAUAUGAUUUAGAAUAUUUUCACAUUUACUGGCAUCCAUACAAUUUCUGUUACAUAAACCUUUUAUAAUCCCAAUUGUCUUACAGUUUGUUUCUUAGUCAAAUGAAGACACUCAUGUUUAAUAUGCUUCUAGAUUUACUUAAGUAGCUUUCCCUUUCAUGUAGUUUGCUUCAAUGUUUACAACUAAUUCUGAUUUGUUUGAUGGUACAGAUUUUUUUUAUAUGCUAUCAAAUUCAUUUAACAGAAACUAUGGAGAUACAUGCAGCAAUGAGUUUGGGAAUUAAUAAUGCCAAAACAGUUAGUAACAUGUGGUUAUGUAAAGCUUCUGCUGUAAAAAAAAACGUUAUUAGUAAGUGUAGUGUAUUCUCUGCCAUUCUUUAUAGGUUAUUUUCACUGAAAUAUAGAAUGUUCCAAACUUACAUUUUUUUCUGUUGGGAGCAUAUUCUUGGUAUUGUAUGUAGCUGCAAUAAUUUUAUAAUCUUUAUACAGUAUUUUUUGCAUUGAAUGCUAAAUGUAUUAAAGAGCCUUUAAAAAUCCAUAAAUGCAGGUACAAUUAGUUAUUACUAUACAAACCUGAGGGCAUUUAUAGGUCAAACCUUCUGAGAGACACCAUCUUGUUAAUUCAAUCAUUUCAAUAGGAUGAAAUAUUCAAUGUCAAUUCCACUGUCUGACAUAAAUUAAUGCUUUAUAUCUAUGGAUUUGAUCAGUUUUUGUAAUUUUGAAUAAUAUAUUUCAAGUAUUAGAGCAUCUUAAACUUCUUUUUGUGUUGAUUUUAGGAGUAAUCUACAUUUUUAUUCAUUGGUCAUUACUUGUCAUUUAUCUAUCAUUUUGGCAUAUUUGAAGAAAUUAUUGUUAAUUUUUAAACAGACUUGUAAAUAGAACUAUCUGAAUUAUUGUUUGUGUAUAUUUUGUUCCUCAUGUAAUAAAUUGUGCAUGACAAUGA